AUGAAGAAAACCCGUGUCUCGCGACAAAAAAGCCGCAGCGGGUGCAACACGUGCAGGCGAAACAAGAUCAAAUGCGACGAGCACAAACCACAGUGCCAUAAUUGUCUAUCUCGGGGAAUUGAAUGCGGAGGUUACACCAGAGUCUUCAAAUUUAAGGAGAUUAAAUCUGCCUAUGGGGGCAGGGCAAAAAGCAUUAGCAACUCUGACGAUACCGAUAUUUUUCAGCUGCAGCCAUCUGAUUCCCAGCUCUCGCAGGUGUUCCACCACGCUGCGCGAUCGAUCACCGGGAAAACGUAUGAACAGCUUGUUCUAGAGCAACAUCUAGCAAGAAAAGGGAAGAAUCCGCAGUUGGCGUCGGAACUCGAAUCUGUGCUCAAAGAGUUCCGCAGCAAGCCAAACUCCAUGCUCUAUCCACAGGGCACUUCAGAUACGCUUGUCAGGAACGAGCAGGUACCAUAUUUCUUUGAAGUGCCCCAAUCUCCGAAUAUAUUUGCUCAUUAUCACAAAACGCAAUUUGUGCUCAACAGUUUUGACAUGUCCACUUCCAAUGUGCUGUGUGUCUACGUUGCGUCGCACCUCAAUCCCUGGCGUAAGGAAAUCAUGCCGCUAGUUGACAAAUACCCAAUAGUUCUCAACCUGUUAGGAAUGAUUGUGUGUUCGCAUCUGGGAGCGAAAAAUCCGGAAAUUAAGGCAAUGGGGCUCGAAUUCAAGGUGCGUGCGUACCAGCAGCUUUCCCACGGACUCGCGAAUAAUCUCUUUCCUAAUGAUAUCUGUCUUAUGAGCUGCAUUCUGCUUGCCCUGGACGAAUUCUGGGACAACAAGUCUCGCACGGACCUUUCGCAUCUGCGAAGCGCCUCGUACUUUGUCGACCGUCGACUGCGCAGCACGACGCAGGACCCGCGGUUCCAGUUCUUGCUCAGCGCAUGGCAGUACAUGCGGGUGAUUUCACGAACUUCGCUACUUAAUCCAGCCCUUGGCUUUAAAUUUGCGUACCAGCCGCGUCUAGUUAGUGACGGCCACACCAUAGACCAUAUACUGGGCAUGUCUCAGGAGCUGUUCACGAUUCUCGACCUGCUCAUGGACGUCAUCGAGCUGGUCAAAAACGUUCCUGAGCACGCUUAUCCUCAGAAUUUGAUUGAAAAAGUUUGUGGAUUACAGUACGCACUUGUCCACUGGGAGCCUCCAAAAACCGGUAUGGACCUGUGGACACCGGAGGAAGUGGCCGACCACGAAGCUACCGCGCAAAGUUACCGCUACGCUACGCUUAUUCUUCUCCAGAACGCGUUCCCGCAGGUGGAACGGUACCUUAGUCCGCGCGAGCUGUCCCAUAAAGUGCGCGAGAAAUUGUCGACACUGCGGCUGUCGGGCGGCGCGUCGGUCGUGAUCCACGUGUUUCCUUUGUUUAUAGCUGCGUGCGAGGCUUUCACGACGGCGGAAAAAGAUUGGUUCCGCACAAAAACGGCUGCCGUUUUUGAUGCGAUCGCGUCCAACAACAUGAAGCUGUUAUCCAGCGUAAUGGAGGAGGUGUGGAAGCGCAAGUGUCAGCUGAAGGCGCAUUACGAGUCGCAGAACAUGUUUUUAGCUCCAGACGACCAUCUGCUGAGCGGUCUCAAAAGCUAUGCCAGUUGGUUUGCGGUAGCUGCAGACUGGAAAAUCGAUAUCUUCGUGGGGUAA